CGGAGAUCGCGGCGUGCGUGCGUGCGUGGCGUGCCCGCGUAGGAUGAAGGAGGCGGCUGCGGAAAAUGGCGGCGUCGAACAACCCGCGGAAAUUCAGCGAGAAGAUCGCGCUCCACACCCAGAAGCAGGCGGAGGAGACGGCGGCGUUCGAGGAAGUGAUGAAGGACUUGAGCAUCACCCGGGCGGCUCGGUUACAGUUGCAGAAAUCUCAAUACCUACAGCUGGGACAGGGCCGGGCUCAGUACUACGGAGGCUCCUUGCCCAAUGUCAACCAGAUAGGAAGCACCACUCUGGACCUGCCUUUUCAGACUCCGUUCCAGUCGUCUGCUUUGGACACGAGUAGAACGACCAGGCAUCAUGGCUUGGUCGAUCGGGUCUACAGGGACAAAAACCGGAUGGGAUCACCACACCGCCGUUCCAUUCCUGUUGACAAACAUGGGCGUCAGGCAGACAGCUGUCCAUAUAGUUCGAUCUAUCUGUCGCCUCCACCUGAUACCAGCUGGAGAAGGACCAAUUCAGACUCUGCUCUGCACCAGAGUACAAUGAAUCCCACUGCACAGGAUCCAUUUAAUGGGAGCAGCCAAGAAUCACAAAAUCAACACAAGCGAGAUGGUUUUCUGAUGUCCCAAGUUUUUGCAGCAGAACUAUUACUGUUAACGGUUCCUGGGAUGGAGGAGAAUACGUCUGACAAUGAUAAAUCUCUAUCCAAACAGCUAUGGGACAACAAAAAGUCUGGAUCAUCACGGCCGAAAUCAUGUGAAGUUCCAGGCAUCAAUAUUUUCCCAUCCGGAGACCAAGAAAAUACCACAUCGCUGAUACCUGCUGCCCAUAACACUGGUGGAUCUCUGCCGGACCUCACAAAUAUUCACUUCCCACCACCUCUCCCCACCCCAUUAGACCCAGAGGAGUCAACAUUCCCGACCCUGGGCAGUGCAAACAGUACUGGAAACCUGACAGCAAACAUGAACCAUCUGGGACUCAGCACGAGCAACCAGGGCUUGGCAUCGUCACAAGGGUCACUGACGGGGUCUCUCCAGAGCCGGCAACCCACAGCAACCCCCCUCACCUUACCGCACAACACGGACUCACGAAGACAGCAGCAACAACUUCAGAUGUCGCCUGCCCUCUCCCCACUCUCUCCAAUCACACAGGCCGUUGCUAUGGAUGCAUUAGCACUGGAGCAGCACCUUCCUGCAUAUUCAUUUUUCACGCAACAGACAACACAGCCGCAGUCACAGAGCUCCAGCAACAUGGGUCAGAGUUCGCAAGGACAGCAGAGCAGUGGGCAGAAGCAGGGAACCACAGUGCCACAAUCUCCUCCAAUGAACCAAACGCAGGCACCGAUAGGAAUGGAUAUCAGCACGCCUUCCCUCCAGCAGUACCGCAGUAAUGCUGGGUCUCCAGCCAACCAGUCUCCCACCUCUCCUGUCUCCAAUCAAGGCUUCUCUCCAGGCAGCUCCCCUCAAACAUCCAUACUCGGGAGUGUAUUUGGGGAUUACUACGAUCAGCAGCUGACAAGCAGGCAGGCCAACUCACUGUCACACCAGCUUGAACAGUUUAAUAUGAUUGAGAGCCCGAGCAGCAGCAACAGCCUUUACAACCAAAUCUCGACUCUGAACUACUCUCAGGCAGCGAUGAUGGGACUGACGGGAAGCCAUGGAAGUCUGCACGACACGCAGCUCAGUUACACCAACCAUGGGAACAUACCCAACAUCAUCCUGACCGUGACGGGAGAAUCCCCCCCGACUCUGUCGAAGGAGUUGACCAAUUCGCUCGCAGGCGUUGGCGACGUGGCUUUUGACACCGACUCCCAGUUUCCUCUCGACGAACUGAAAAUAGACCCUUUAACGCUAGACGGUCUGCACAUGCUGAACGACCCCGACAUGGUGCUGACGGACCCCGCCACAGAGGAUACUUUCCGCAUGGAUCGUCUGUAAUAAGUAAAACCCGGACCCAGGACAAAGCGGGGAGACAGCCAAAAGCCCCCACCAGGGCGCGGAAAUCAAGUGACCGAGUACGACUGGUGGAAUGAUGUUAGCGUGAGAGCCGUAACGUGCAAUGAAUUCCGCUUCUUGUUCUGAGCUUGCAGCACUGCGACCCCGAAUGAACCAAGUAUAGCGCUUGUGCAGCUGUGUGGCGCGCUCCUCCAUUGCAGCCUCAUUGACUCCAUUUCAUACCCAGGCCUCUCGUUUUAUUUUCCCCGCAGCUCUGUUGAUAUUGUCCUCUUGGCCGCGGUGGGCCGCAAGGGCGUCGCUCUCGUCGGCCGACUUACGAAGGAAGAGUGGAAUCUCUCGUGUGAGGUAACAACGACACACGGCAGCUACCAGUCUGGUGACGGAUGUUAUUUAAACCAAACUCGCCAAGACCGAGGAUCCCUUCACUGUACCAUUGCCAUUGUAUUUCCCCAUGCUGCUCAACUCUUAUUUAUAUUUUUUACAUUGUCUGUGAUUUCUCUCCCCUGUUCCGUUCCCUUCACUGUUUUUUGUGUUCAGCAAAUGCCACUGCCUUGUUGUAUGUUGCUGAGAUAGUGAUUGAAAGAAUGAUCUGACAUGAGCUAAAUGCAUGGACAGAAAUUGUAUUACUGCCAAUGUUCAUGAGGGGCCAUGCUCGCUCCCAGUGUGUCCCUCUAAUUUAUUUAUUUCCAGCAGCAUUUGAAAAAUAGCUCCACAUUUUCUGCCGGUCAGAGACCAAUGUUUGCUGCCAACUCUCCCACAGAGUGGAACUGAUUUUCUAGCUCUCCCUCGACAAGCAACUGAUUUUCUCGAUUCUCCUUCGGUGAGAUUACAUUCUCGCUCUCUCUCUCUCUCUCGGUGAGAAAUCGAUGGUUUUGUUCUCCUGCCCUCCUGCUGUAACCAUACGCAAUCAGAGCCCGCUACAAGGUCUCACCUCAGAAGACUGUCAUCUCUCUCUCUCUCUCUCUUCCAAACAGGAGACUGUAACCACACCUUCCACAUCAUGGGCACGUGAUGUGUGAGUGCUCUGAACUUGGGGGGCCAGGGGCUGCACUGGUGGGCACUGUCACUCUCUCCCAGCCCUUGCCUGGGUUCAUAGCUGUGUCCAAACUUAUUACUGGCCACCAAAACAAGAAAUACCAAAAAUAAUAAUUUCAGUUCCAAGAGAAGGGCUGGCCUACAGCUGUCAGAGGGUUGUCCACUAAAAGAACACACUACUGGGAUCCGUCUCCCGAAUCGUCUACUACAGGUUAAAACUCUGUCAAACUUGUAACCGCACAGGUUCAUCUUCUUCUGCAACAGAAUCACUAAUAUUAAUUCAAGACACUAAGAAGCUGCUGCACCCGCUGAGUUUCUCCAGCAUUUUUGUGUACCUGGGAUUUUCCAGCAUCUGCAGUUCCUUCUUAAACACUAAGGGGCUGCUGGUCUGCCGAACCAUUGUCAAAACUGACCUCCCACUAAAUUAUCUAAACAGAGAACACUAACUCAUCAUAUUUCCCAGCAUUAAAUACAAAGUAUUUAAAGCCCAGAGGUUGUUUUAUGUGGAAUAUCUGGGCACCUCAAAGCUGUAAUACAUCUCUCUCAGUAGAAGGAUCCUUUGGGAUAUUUCCCUUUGUCCCUGCUUGUGAUGGACUCCGCACAUACAGGACAUCCGUUCUCCCUCGUGUGUUAAUCCUCCAUCGUAUGCUCCCUUGUCCAUUGAGUGAACCCUCUUGUCACAUCCAAACUCUGUAAUUACAACAAUUCAGAAAAUGUGUUAUCGUGCUUGAUAAAGGUACCCAGGAACACGUGUCAGCCAUUCUUCUAUUUAUUAGAACCUGUUUGAAGGGAGAGAGUCCAAUGGGCAUAAGGUGGAGUUGAAUGAUAGCCCCCCUUUUGUGGACCCAUAAAAUGCCUCUCAUGAUAUUUUCUAGAAAGUGAAGAACGGGAGCCAUGAUUUAAAACUCCCAAGUACAGCAAUUAUUCCAAGCUGGGGGGGACAAGUAAAAAAUCAAAUGGAAUGUUGGCCUUUAUCUGAAAGAGGCAGGAUUGCAGUGUGUGGGAAUCAUGUCACAAGCAUACAACGCUGGGGUUUAGACUCCAUUUGUGUGACCAAGCUUAUUUAUUUAUGAAAAUUAGCAUAGGCGCUGAGUACAUUCACCAUAAUGAUAGUGGCAAUAGAGGAAUUAAUUUAUGAAGGUGGGCAGGGUUGGUUUGUAUUCUGUUGAGUUUAGAAAAAAUGGUUAGUUAUCUGAUCGUUACGUUUGAUAGUUCUGACAAUGUGAAUAGAUAUUAGUUCCUCAGUUUGGCGAGGUUGAAUAGAGGGUCAGAAGUCACAUCCAAGCCAUUCGAGGUGAUAAUGUGAAGUGCAUCUUCCUACACGUAAAACAGUGAAACAUACGGCAAAUAGAUCGAGGUGGAUAGAUUUUAGGGUACAUGUCCCCACAGAAAUUGAGUAAAUGUCAUAGUGGAGUUGGUAAUGGCCUAAUUGAAUGUGGGGCUGGUUCAAGUUCCCUCCUUUCCUGCUUACACAUUAAUACAUGGCAGGUGCUUCAUCACUGUUUGUGUGACUGGAUCCGCGUGUGGCGAGCUGUGUGGUUAAAACGACAGCAGCUGGUUUCUGAGUAACAGUCAUUGGGAUGUGAAAUGUUUCUGCCAGCAAGCACAGAGAGCUCUCAUCGCCAUAGUGUGCCAUUGUGUUUCCCUGUCUGGCCCUCUCCCCAGGCACCUGCCCCGAAAUGCUGCAGCCAUUAAGCUGUUGAGAACAGAUCAACUUUUGAUACUUGCCUGGUUUAUGGUCAACCAGUUGUCGUUUCAUUGUCAGUUACUUUUGUGUCGGGUCACCGCCUAGAUGCCAAAUCUGAACUUUUAAUCCGUUAAAUAUCUGUUCUGAUGUGAUGUGACCAGAAUUGAGUCGGAUCUCAGUGCUGUUUGCUGCAAAACUCAGACUCGUACCGUGUGACUUGGUCGGUGCUGUGCUGCAUUCCCGCAGUGUCGCAAUGAACUGUGCCUCACACUCUGCCGUGCCUCUCUGAGUGCAUCACUGCAGCGUCGCAAUGAGUUGUGCCUCGCUGUGCUGCAUUACUGGACUGCUGGUGAUGCCGUGUGCCUCACAAUGCUGCAUUGUGGCAUUGUUGCAAUGUUGUGCCUCGCCCCCACCCCGCCCCCCCUCCCCCCCUCUCUACUGCAGUGUUCCAAAUGUGUUGUGCCUCCCCCUCUGCUGCAGUGUUGUAAUGUGCUGCCUGCCAUCCCCCAGCAUUUCUGUGGUGUGCUUCACACUGCUGCAAUGCACCCUGCCUGACUUCUGCUGUGUUGCUGCAAUGUUGCACCUUUUUUCAUUAUAAGCAACAGUUCUGCAUGUUGAAGCGAAAUGUCAAGUGCUCCACCUUGUGUCUGUGUGAAUCAGGUGGGAUUUUGUUAAACAAAGAACAUUAAAUGAAGUUCACCGGACAAGUUUGAGAAGGGAAAAACUGCAAGCGUUUUGGGGAUAUUUAUCAUUGUUCUUUUGUUUCAUUAUCAAAGUAUCUAGUUUUAAUUUGUAUAAAAAAAAACAGUAAUAUUCUGAUAACUUCUUAUUUGACACAAUGCAUAAUUUGAAACUGCCGUAUUGGUGAAUAAUCAAAUAACUUUCUAGCCAAAUGCAAUGAAUGGGAACUUGGAAAGGCUGAGGCUUGGGAAAUCUGAAAUAUAGUUUGAUCCUGAGAUGGCCCAAAGGUGCUGCAGGACUCCUAAAAAGGAGCACAGAUAUUACUAUAACAUCAACCUUCUACCUCCUCCCCCCCUCCCUCAGAUUGUGUAGGUGUGUGAAGCAAAACCCAUGCUGUACAUUCUUACGCUGAACUCGUGUGUGAUUUCCCACUGCACCUCCCUGUGAGCAAUGAGAAUCGGAUAAACCCUGAAGCCAGGAAGCUCCUUCAGUCUAUCAAGGAAUGGAAGCCAUGUGUAACAUGCAGAGGGUUUCCCUAGACUGUGGGAAUAGUGAGGAGCUGCAUCCUGAGCUCAAUGGAGAUCUGCAUUAACCCAGAGUCCAGACCCUAUGAGGUAUGACAUUAACCCAGUCCAAGGUUCAGAUAGCUGCAUUGAACCAAGUCUCAGAUUGUAACCCAGGUUCCAGGCUCUAUAAACAGAUGAAUUAGCCUUGAUCCCAGAUCAGUGUGGAUCUGCCUUAAUCAGAUCCCAAACUGAUUGAGAAUCUGCAUUAAACCAGGUCCAGGGUUCAUUCAGAUGCUGCAUUCACCCAGGCACAGAUUAACCCAUAUUAUUGGCGCUUUGAAGGGCUAUGUUAACCCAGGUUACUGAACAGAUACUGAAUUGAUAUUUGGUUUAUUCUUGGAUGGCCGUGAUUUAGACAAUAGGUGCAGGAGUAGGCCAUUUGGCCCUUCGAGCCAGCACCGCCAUUCAAUGUGAUCAUGGCUGAUCAUCCCCAAUCAGUACCCCAUUCCUGCCUUCUCCCCAUAUCCCCUGACUCCGCUAUUUUUUAAGAGCCCUAUCUAGCAUUCUCUUGAAAGCAUCCAGAGAACCUGCCUCCACCGCCCUUUGAGGCAGAGAAUUCCACAGACUCACCACUCUCUGUGAGAAAAAGUGUUUCCUCGUCUCCUUUCUAAAUGGCUUACUCCUUAUUCUUAAGGAAUUGAAUGGGGUUAGUCCAAAACUAGAGGAUUAGUAUUAAGGAACAAAAACAAACUGUUGGUGGAACACAGUAGUCGAGCAGCAUCUGUGAAGGAAAGGAAUUGUUGAUGCUUUAGGUCAAGACCCUGCAUUGGGAUUUCACCAGCAGUUUGUUUUUUUGAUUCAAUUUCCAGCAUCUGCAGUCUCUUGUGUCUCCUACGUAUCAUAAGCACGUGUCCUUGAUGUGCUUGUAGAAAUAAUUAACUUUUGUGAUCAAUUGGGUUCCUGGAGAUCAGCAGAGAGGAGCAAAACUUCAAAGAUGCGCAGCCGUUAAUUGAAUUGUUGAGACCUUAUCCUUGAGAUUAUUGUCUCAAAUAGUGAACUCAGGCUGUGAAGCUUCGAGCGAGAGCAUGAGUUUUACUGAGAAGUUGUUAAAUGCAUAAACAGUUGUCAGAGAUUCUUUUUGUUUUGUCUUUUACUGUGUGGUUUGUUCAGGGUAUCAACUGAUCUUUGUCGUCAUGGAAGUGUAACUGAGAAUGUGAUGAGUUUUGGUUGGAUUGUGGUGUUGUCCCUGCUGACUGCAAUGAUACGUUCAUAAGUUAUAGGAAUAGAAUUAGGCCAUUCGGCCCAUCAAGUCUACUCCGCCAUUCAAUCAUGGCUGAUUUAUGUUUCCCUCUCACCCAAUUCUCCUGCCUUCUCCCCAUAACCCCUGACACCCUUACUGCUCAAGAAUCUGUAAAUCUCCGACUUAAAAAUAUCCAUUGACUUGGCCUCCACAGCGUUCUGUGGCAAUGAAUUCCACAGAUUUACCACCAUCUGACUAAUGAAAUUCCUCCUCAUCUCCUUUCUAAAGGUACGUCCUUUUAUUUUGAGGCUGUGCCCUUUGUUCCACUGGUGGAAAAAUCCUCCCCACAUCCUCUUCUUCAUUGACCCACACUUCAAAACCACCUGAUUUGUGUCUUGACCAACACACAGAAAAUAAUCAGGUUCAGGAACGCAUAUUUCAGGUAACCCUACCACGGCUAAACCCCCACUUGUAACCAAGAGCAAUGCUGUUAGUAGUUAUGGGAUCGUUGAGUGAUAAUAGAAUAAUUGAGCGGGGAGUGUGGAAACAGUGAUAUUUUACUGCGGCCAAACAUGCACCAAAGUGUUUAUAUAAAGAAUAUUCUUAUCACCUGCUAACACCAAGUAUCUCCUGAUUUACACAUUUAAGAAUUAAGCACGGUGGCACAACUGUAGAGUUGCUGCCUUACAGCACCAGAGACCCUGGUUUCAUCCUGACUACGGGUGCUUCUCUGUACCAAGUUUCUAUGUUCUCCCCGUGACCUGCGUGGGUUUUCUCCGACAUCUCCGGUUACCUUCCGCACUCCAAAGACGUACAGGUUUGUAGGUUAAUUUGCUUGGAUUAAUUGUAAAUUUUCCCUAGUGUGUGUAGGGUAGUUUUUGUGUGUAGGGAUCGCUGGGCCGAAGGGCCUGUUUCCACACUCUAUCUUUAAACUAAACUAAACGAAUACACGUCUGAGAGUGCGGUCAUGUUUUGGUCAAAUAGUGUGCACUGGGAAUUGGCAAAGAGCUUGCACAGAGGCAUCAUCUUAGAACAUUCCUAGCUGCAUUGUAAUGGAUGUAUCGAUCCCCUUUCUCAUUGUGGUCACUGUCGAGGAGUUGGAUAGAUCUGAAGUGAACAUUUGAAUGGGUACCUGGUAUCAGAGAGUGGCCAGUGUACUAGGAGUUCAUUGCUCACCCCUUCAUUGGCGGUUUGUUAGAUGAGGGUGUGUACUGUUGGAAUACUGGUGGAUUGCAACUGUAAACCACUUCCUGGUUGAAAGAAGGGUAAACUUUGGACCCUAAAGGCCAGUCAAUCUAACAUUGGCAGAGAAAAUGUUAGAACCCAUAGUCAAGGCCAAAAUGAAUUGCUAUUUACAGAAAUCUGAGCUAAUAAUAGUCAGGGAAGUUUUAUUAAUGCGGAUCAUGUUUGUUUGAAUUGAGUGGCUUUUUGAAAUAACAGGUUUGAUGUGAGUGGUGGUUAUGAAUAUUGGCUUUUAGAAGUUAGUUACUGUGUAAUUUAUUGGGCUUAAAGGGAUCUUGUUAGCAUGAACGCAGAAUCUGCAAGGGGACAGAAAGCAGAGAUUAGUGCUAAAUGAUUACUCCAGAAACUGGAGGGGUGUGUGCAAUGGUGUGUGUCCCAGGGGUCAGCAUUACAACCACUACUUUCUAUGUAAUAUUAAUUACCUAAAAUUGCUAUCCAAAGUAGCAUUUCAAAGGUUGCACAUCACAGAAUUGUGAAAUGUAGUAAGCUUUGAGGGGGGGGGGGGCUUGUUGUCAACAUAAAGUGGAAAUGCAGGCUGGUGAAAUAGGCAGCUUUAUGGAGGAUAACCUUUCUUCUUCUUCUUUCAUGUGGCGUUGUUGGACAACUUGUUCUAUUUGAUCUUCCGUUUGUGCACGUCGAGUUAAUUGCAUUAGUUGAAACUGGGUGGACCACGUGAAGGUUGCAACCUUCCACCCCGGGGUUAACCUUUAACACGGAAGUAUGAAUUGGUUUAUUUUGAUGGGUUGCAUUGAGAGAGAAAAGAUAAGAUAAGCCUUGCAGAUUUAAAGCAGGUGCGUGACCAGAAAGACUGUGGGUGGAAGAAUAUGUUGGGAACACUCUCAAAAGCACAUGGAUCAUUGGCUUUUUAAAAUCAGUACAAGAGACAGAAGUUACGCAAAAUGUUAUCAAGCACCGGUAAUCCCAAGGUGAGGUAUUGUACCCUCCACCAUGGGGCAGUGCACUUCACAAAUCAAGUCAAUAUCUAGGAGGGGAGUCCAGAGGUGGCGCAAAGAAAGGGCUCCUUCAGUGUGUUCAGUGUAGAGAGACUGGAGGUCUUGCAGCAGAAAUAGAUCAGACAAGGUUAAAUAAGAGAGGUUCAAAAUGACAGAAUGGAGAGGUUUUAGAGAGGGGAGAUGAAGAGGUAUUAUUGUAACUGUUAGUUGAAAGAGGGAAUUGGGUAAAAGCCUGAGGGAUAAAAUUGCAGGAUUGUGGAAUGAUUUUAUCUCAGCCAAACAGUAAGUGUAGGUACAAUGAGCCAAAUACAGUAUCGUGUCAUUAUCAUUUGAUAUUUCUGCAAUAUUAUGGCUGCUGAUUGCAGAUUUAGUCUCCACUCUCUCAUUGGCUCGACCUCUUCCCUGCUUCAUCCAGUGAUAAGCUGGCAGACACAGGCCUUCUCGAUCCAUCACUACACACUCAUUCAAUGACAGCACUGCCUCCAGGGGACGGACGGGGGGCUCUGCUGACACUCCAAUGCUGUAUCACCAAAACUACACUGAACUCUGAUAUUCUGAUGUAGAUUAUGGCAGCAUGUCUGUCUACCCAUGUACCUUCCACCUUCUGUGUUGUUGGGUGGUGUUGCUCUGUAUACAUUGCACUGCAUGGUCCAGGGCAGUGUUACAUGGGGCACUGCAUUCAUACGAGGGCCUGUGUGCUGCAUUCAAUAUGACAAGGCUGACAGCCAAGCCGUGCUUUUAAAGCCGGACGCGAUGGAUUAUCCUUGGAGAGGUGGUGGGAGCGAUUCCUUUCUCAGACUUUGAGGUACUUCUGAGUUCAUUACAGUCUACUUUGUGCUAGGCUGGAGUGAUUGCUGGGUCAUUAAAACCACAGUGGGGAACAAUCAUUGUAGCUCUUAAAUGCAGUGUAAACUCAAACUCUGCGACCAGGAUCUAUAGAUGAUAGUUACUGUAGCUAUGUAUUGAGAAUGCUUAAAUGGGGGGGGGGGCAUAAAUGUGCUAUAUUUUCUGAACUGUUUACAAGGUUGUUUUAAAAACUGCCCGAUGGAUUACAAUUAAAGUCCAACGCUUCGUUGGUUAGAAAGUUUUUUAAUCCGGAUUUACUUCUGAUUGUGCGUAGCCAAUACAUUUUUUACAGAUUAGCCUGAAACCAACUGAGUUAAACUUCUUGUUCACCGCCUAGUGUGAAAAUGACAGCACAUCUGUUGAACCAAGAGUGUGAAAUUAUGAAAAGUGGUUCGAUCAGAGUGAAUUAAAACUAGAUGCUUGGAGAACAGAAGAAGGUCACUCAUUAACCUCCAGUUUCCUGCCCAUCAGUCUUGCUGUCAACCUGUUUUUUUAAAUAAUCUGUAGUUUCAUCAUUCAUCCUACGUAAUCUCACAAAAGGUUCUGAAUAGCAGACACUGGCAAAUUGGCACUUUACAUUAGGACACGUUGGCAUGUUUGCCUCAGUCGGGGAGGGGGCCCCUGUUUGACGUUGCACUAACCUGUGGUUGUCCUCUCCUCUUCAAUCUCCUGGAGAACUCUGUGUUGGUGUGUGCGCGCGCGCGUGUGUGUGCACCAGACUCUGUGUGUUUCGCACCCUCAUUCCCAGCAGACAGUGAAUUGGCAGCAAAUCCCUUUCUUUUCCCCCAGAGAUGCAGCAGCAGAGCAGCUUACCCCCAAAGGGUCAACAAUCAGAUUCCGUCCUCAACCUCGCCAACACUUAUUUAUUUUUCUGAUGUCUUGGUUUUUAUAAAUAAACUUUGAAAUUUUGAAGAGGGUUUCAGAUGUAUUGCAAACCAAUAACCUGUGCUGAUUGACUGUCAAAAGAACUUCAUUUUAAAAUGUAAAUGUUUUUUAAAAGUUUAUGUUUGUGUGGAGGCUUCCGUCUUUGUAAAUGAAAUGUAAUAAAAGUUAAAUGGUUUUCUGCUUGCA